AUGAUAGUUCAUGCACAAGUAUGGGAAGGAAACUUCACAGCUGAUUCAAGUUGUGAUACAAGUCAAUGUUGCUGUUUGAGUGGCCAAAUCGUUAUAUCUCAUCCUGAAUCAGCUUCAAUAUCUUUCUAUGCAAGUUUAACUGGUAUGUGCUUCGGACUAACCGAUUAUAGUGGUACUAGUGAUUAUCCAAGUGGUUAUAUAAUAUCAGUGGCAAUUGCUUUCAUUACAUUAACAAUUAAAUUAAGUAAUGAUAGUAAUUAUAUCGAUAUUGAUAAUUCAUUAGGCGCGGCAUGCAGUGUACAUGCUGCUCGAGAUAUCACCACUACUGUUCCUAUUGAAUUGAUAUCUACUAGUGUUCCUGUUGGUGUAGUAUCUACUACUGUUCCUGUUGACGUAGUAUCUACUACUACUCAUGUUGGCGUAGUAUUUACCACUGUUCAUGGUAAUGAUGGUGUUCGAAAAUAUAUUAACAUUUUUACAUUUCUUAUUUUACCAUUCGUUUAUUUAUUGUAA